GACAUGUUUUCUCAUUCAUACCAAGUUCGUCCACAUCCUGUGGAGCCUGCAGUCGCUGCUGCUUCGUGUAACUUUUUACGUGUUUUCCUGAUAGUUCGCCUCUAUCACGCACGCUUUCAGGAUGUUUAGCUCCUCCAAACAAAGAGCCGUGGUCGGGCUGUGGCUGCUCGGCGCCCUGCUGAUGUCUGUUUCGGGGGAGAAAGUGGUCGAGAGUCGCUCCGGGAUGAUCCAUGAGCUCCGGGCGGCUUUGGCUGACCUGACCGAGGAGGGAAAGACUUACCUGGGCAGGCUGGCCGGGGAGCAGACGGUGCUGUCGGUGCAGAAAGCUUUCUCUCAGGUUCUGGGUGUUGUUGCAGGAAGUUUGGCUGGAGGUCUGAACGUGCUCCUACAGUAUGUUUCACAAUUCCUGAAGGCUGCUGGAAUCCAGGCUGGCCUGCCCUUCAACAAAGUGACUCCAGAGGGUCUGAUCUUUGUCGUCCGGUGGGUUCUUGUGGCUCUCAUUGGCUACUGGCUGCUGUCCCUCGCCUUCCGAUUGAUUACAUCCACUCUGAGGCGGGCUCUGUGGCUGCUCAAAAUAAGCUUGGCUCUGGUAUGUUUCGGACUCAUCCUGAGCGACCACACCGUGGACACAGAGACCAUGGGCAUCCGACUGGCCGUUCUGGUGUGCGUCUGCGUUGUGUUGGGCGUCGGGACUUCCAGGGGCCCUAAUGCAGCCGAUAAAGCAGCUCACCUGGAGGAGCAGGUGAAGAUCCUGGAGAGACGGCUGAGAGAGAUGGAGAGGUGGAGGAGGACAGAGGAGUGAAGCGGGACUGAGAGUCUGUCCUAUCUGAUGAUGGAGCACUGCUGUCCAUUUAAGGCCUCUGGAACGUUUCCACACUUUUGAUGUUUCUAUUCAAAAGUAAUUCAUUACUCUUUGAAUUAUCACUAAAGCAGGGUACACAUAUUUAGUCAUUCCUGGACGCGGUGAUUUGUUUGUAUGCAUGUUAUUUUUUUUUUUUUCAAUCCUAAGAAUGUGCCACAGUGUGGUGGACAGCUCUAUUUAGAAUUACUUUUUUUUUUUUUUUAAGCUACAGAGGGAGCGGGUCCUCUUCCAGAGUCAGUGCCAUAUUUUAACAAUAGCCCAGAAUGGACAAACUAAAUUGUCUAAAUUUGUUUUUUUGGAAGUUUCUUGGCCACCUUAGUUUCUUUGUAUGGACGUGAGGCGAGGGGUAUUCAGUUGAUUCCAAUUAGGCCGGAGGUGUGGGCAUGCCACCACACACACACACACACGAAAAAAAUAAAAAAGAAGUUGUGGUUUUGGGGUGAGGUUCUUGCUGGAAUAAUGUCUUGACAAACUAAUGCAUCCGUCCACCCACAUGUGACACGUAGACAUUAUCUACACCUCCCACUAAAACAUCAAUGACUGAAUGAAUGUUCAUGUUUCUGUUCCUGUAUGAAUUCAACAAGAUACCAAGUGUUUGUUUGUGUGUAAACUUUGGAGGUGUGGAGUGUAUGGACUUGGACAGAGCCAAGUUAGCUGUUUACUGCUGUUUCCAGUGUUUAUGCUAAACUAGCCUGACUCCAGCUCUGUGCCUGAUGCAUGGACAGAAUAUCAAACUUCUCAUCUCACUUGGAAAGAAAGCUAAAUUAAUCACAGUAAAAAAUACUUUUCUGGAGUUACUGGGGUACUUUUCUGGAGACAUGCUGCUGGUUCUGACCCAUACACAGGUUCAACCCAAGUCAUGGAAGUGGUUUGUAUGUAUUCCAUGCAGUUAACUUGCAGCUGUACAAUCAGAUUCAUCAUUUCAAAUCAAGUCUCUUUAUGCUCAUUUAACGGUAUUCCAUCAUGUGUUGGUGUGUAUAUUCAUACUGCUGCAGUCUGUCCUUUGAGUAAAGUUUGUAUUCAACAUAUUGCACCAUAUACCAUUGUUCUACUUUUAUAUAAAACGUUUUUACAAUUGAAAAACCUCUAAGAGCAACAUUUAGUUAAAGACAGGUACUUUACUCUGACAUGAAUAUGUCCAGCUAUAAAAGCUCAUAAUAAAAAGAUUCUGUAAAUGA